CCGCAUUAAAUAUAAUGAUUUCUGGGCGAUGCGAACAGUUUGGAACAGUAUUUUGUUUUGAAUGAAAAACGAACAUAUCAGACCGGGGUACGCUGAAUAUGAAGUUAAACGUAUUUUAUAAUUGAAAUCUGUGUUUUACUGGGGGUCUCGAAUUUGACUCUCAGAUCGCGAUCUCUACGAAGUCGAUAAAAAGUAAAGUGCUGUGAGACAGAUGUUUCUGGGAUAAUUUUGUAGCGAACUAUAAUACCACAAUAUAACAGAACGGACUAUUGCUAUAAGAUCUUCAAUUUCUUCUGUCUUUGAUAACCACCAUUGCCACAAUUACGCAUUACCAUGUCCUGUGAGAGUCGAAUUUAGAACAUCCGACCAUUUUAAAUAAUGCAGCGAGUUAUAGGUGUUUGGUUUGUUUAUUUAUUUUUCUAAGUUGUACAUUUAAUUGCAGCCCGAUAUGAUUAAUACUAGAAAUAUUUUGAGUGCGACUUUUCACGUGAUUGCACUUAUUCACAAUGUACAUGCAAUAGGUUAUUGCCAUUUCAGUUUUAAAGAAAAUGUUGAAGAAGAUGAUGGGGUCGACCAACGUAUCCUAGAUAUGAAAAAUUUCGGAAUGUUAUUUUUUACUAGCUGGAAUAUGAUUAUUCAAAUAUUAUAUUUUUCUCUAGCAGUAUUAUCCGAUAUCCUUAGGUUUUCGUAUUCGAAAUCCACACUAAUUGAAAAAAUCUUGCGACUCAGAGGUUAUUUCUAUACGAGCAUGCUUUUUCCAUGUUCGAUAUUUGUUUGUACUAUGUUCUGGGGUGUUUAUUCAAUCAACAGAGAGUGGGUUCUUCCUUCGGUUUUGGAUAAGUAUGUUCCCGAUUGGCUCAAUCACUGCCUGCAUACAAACAUUAUAAUAUUUCUUACAAUAGAAGUAUUACUAGUUAAUCAGUUUAUACCGAGUUAUAAAUCGUCAUUGCUAGGACUGACUGUUUUAACAUUAAUUUACGAUACUAUAUUUUUCGCAACAUACUUUUUACGUGGUCGGUGGAUUUAUGGAAUAUUUCAUUUUUUGAGCUGGCCAGAAAGGAUAUUUUUCAUGUUGUUUAAUUAUUUGAUAGUGCUUAUGACUAUGAGGAUCGGCAUUGUGAUUGAAAAUUUCAAAUACAACCAAUUGACCAAGAAUAAAAAAUAUACGUCAAAUUCUUAAUCUCGUAAUAUAAUUUCAAAUUAUGUAUUAUAUUAUAACUUUAAUUAAAAAAAUAAAAAUUG